AUACUAUAAUAAACCAACCACAAAAAAAGAAAGAUAAUUAAUUAAAUUUUCAUUCUCUUUUAAAAUCUCCACCUCUUUAUAUCUCACUGUGUUGAAAAUUGUUCAACAACUAACCAUGGCUUCACAAAACAAAAAAACCAAACAAGAAAUUCAUGUUCUGUUAGUAGCGUUUUCAGCUCAAGGCCACUUAAACCCUUUACUUAGACUAGGCAAAUCUCUAUUAACCAAAGGCUUAAACGUAACACUCGCCACCACUGAAUUAGUUUACCACCGUGUCUUCAAACCUUCCUCCACUACUUCCACCACCGUCCCCACUACUUUCACCACCAACGGAAUCAACAUCCUGUUUUUCUCCGAUGGCUUCGAUAUCAGCCAAGGUCAAAAAAAGGUUGAUGAUUACAUGGAACUUAUUGCAAAAUUUGGACCCAUUAGUCUCACAAAUCUCAUCAAAAACAAUUUCAUCAAUAGUUCAAAAAAACUAGCUUGUAUUAUCAAUAACCCUUUUGUUCCUUGGGUAACAAAAGUUGCUUCUGAAUUCAAUAUCCCUUGUGCUUGUCUUUGGAUUCAACCUUGUACUCUUUACUCAAUCUACUAUCGUUUCUACAACAAUUUCAACAAUUUUCCAACACUUGAAAACCCCGAAAUCGAUGUUGAAUUACCCGGUCUUCCAUUGUUGAAACCACAAGAUCUUCCAUCUUUUAUUCUCCCAAAAAACACUUAUGAAACUUUACCAAAAGUACUACAAGAAAUGUUCCAAAACAUGAAAUCUCUGAAAUGGGUAUUGGCGAAUUCUUUUGAAGAAUUGGAAAAAGAUGUCAUUUUUUCAAUGAAUGAUAUUUUUCCAAUCAAAGCCGUUGGCCCAUUAGUCCCUUAUUCGUUACUCGGUCGAGACGAAGAAGAAGACGUCGGAAUAGAAAUGUGGAAGCCACAAGAUUCUUGCAUUGAAUGGCUUAACAAAAAGCCACCAUCUUCAGUUAUUUAUAUUUCAUUCGGAAGUCUAAUUUUUUUAUCUGAAAAACAAAUCGAAAGCAUAGCAAAAGCCUUGAAAAACAGCGAAAGCAAUUUUCUUUGGGUGAUUAAAAAUAAAGAAGGAGGAGGUGAAAAAAUUUCACUACCGAAGUUUUUGUUAGAAGAAUCGGAAGAGAAAGGAAUGGUGGUAACAUGGUGUCCACAAACGAAGGUUUUAGUUCAUCCUUCAAUAGCGUGUUUUUUAACACAUUGUGGUUGGAAUUCGAUUUUGGAAGCUAUAACAGCAGGGACACCAAUGAUUGGUUAUCCACAAUGGACAGAUCAACCUACGAAUGCGAAACUUGUGGCUGAUGUUUUUGGAAUGGGGAUUCGAUUGAAACAGGAUAGUGAUGGGUUUGUUGAAAGUGAGGAAGUUGAAAGAGCUAUUAGAGAAAUGGUUGGGAGUGAAAUGUUUAAGAAAAAUGCUUUGGAGCUUAAACGGAAGGCGAGGGAAGCGGUGGCUCAUGCUGGUUCUUCUGAUACGAAUAUUCAAUCAUUUGUUGAUGAAAUUCUUGCUUCUGUAAUGGAUCAUCAUUGAAUCUCUCUCAUCAUUGUUUCUUUCCACCAUAACAAGUUUUUAUUUUAGUAUUUUGUGGUCACUCAUUAUUUUCUUCUGAUGGAUAAUUUAUUAUAUUUAUAUCUACAA